UCCGCCAUUUAUCCUCUUGAAGUAUGUCUUUCGAAUCUCUGAUUCAUUGCCCGUGUCGGUCAUGUCCGGCGACCGUUGAAUUACUGUAGUUCCCCUGAGUCAUGAAGGCUGACGAAUACUGUAUAGCUGCAAUUCGACUUAUCAAGAGGAGAUUGAAUAUGUUAUUGAAAAUGUGUAUACCUAUAUACAGUAUAUAUUCCCUACCCAAAUACCUUAUGUGACGGUUUACUAAUCCUAUAUAGAGACCAAGAUAGGGAUGUGAAUCAAGUGUAAUGUGAAAUCCGAAUGUGCGAGAUGUAUGAAUGCUGCGGUUCUGAAAACACGACUGGCUUUGGGGACAACCGGUGAGUACCACGGUAUUUUCGACGCCAUUCGCAAGAUACGUCGCGUCGAAGGCAUCCGAAGUUUCUACCGGGGCUACUUUCCAAAUUUACUCGGAAUUCUGCCAUACGCAGGCAUUGAGCUCGCAGUAUACGAGACACUGAAGGCUGAGUUCAUUCCGCCGAACAAAACUGAGCCUGGCAUUCUGCUUUCGCUAUUAUGCGCUACCGCAAGCAGUACUUGUGGUCAAGUUUGUGCUUAUCCCUUCGCAUUGAUCCGGACGAAACUCCAGGCUCAAGCCGUGCUCUUCCCGAAUGGAAAGCUCAGGAAACGACCAACUACGACAUUGGCUGUGGUGACGACAAUCCUUCAGUAUGAGGGUUGGAGAGGGCUGUACAGAGGACUUCUUCCGAAUUUCUUGAAAGUCAUCCCAGCUGUUUCGAUUAGUUAUGCUGUCUACGAGAAAACGCGGGCUGCUCUUGGUGUGACAAUNAGAAGAUUAAAAUAUUGCUUUGAUCAGGUGCAUGGGAUAAAACACUUCGGCAGCCUCAGUGGCUGCUUCCUUCACAUGGUGUCCGAGGGUGGGAAACGGAGUCUGUGGCGUGGAAAUGGCGUGAACGUCUUGAAAAUUGCUCCAGAAUCCGCGCUGAAAUUUAUGGCUUACGAACAAGCAAAAAGACAAAUUCGCGGAGAUUCCCAACUGGAAUUACGUCUUUGGGAAAGAUUCCUGGCAGGAGCUUUUGCUGGCGCUCUGUCACAGUCCGCCAUUUAUCCUCUUGAAACACUGAAGGCUGAGUUCAUUCCGCCGAACAAAACUGAGCCUGGCAUUCUGCUUUCGCUAUUAUGCGCUACCGCAAGCAGUACUUGUGGUCAAGUUUGUGCUUAUCCCUUCGCAUUGAUCCGGACGAAACUCCAGGCUCAAGCCGUGCUCUUCCCGAAUGGAAAGCUCAGGAAACGACCAACUACAACAUUGGCUGUGGUGAAGACAAUCCUCCAGUAUGAGGGUUGGAGAGGGCUGUACAGAGGACUUCUUCCGAAUUUCUUGAAAGUCAUCCCAGCUGUUUCGAUUAGUUAUGCUGUCUACGAGAAAACGCGGGCUGCUCUUGGUGUGACAAUGACUUGAUUUGUGACAU